AAGCAGGACGGGGAUCGCACUUGACUUGGUCGUUACAUGGGAGCUAGCAGCUCCUCGGAGCGAGAGGAGGGAGAGUCCUCUGGGCAAGGCGUGUUGGACAUUCUCCAGCAGUUGACUGGGGACCUCGGCGACCGCGUAGAGAUGUCCCUUGCGGAGGAUGAGGUCGGUGGAGCUGGUAGCAGUAGCCAGAGAGCGGCUGCAGAAGAAAGGACGAGUAAUGGCGCUGGGGGUGAUAAUGACAGGGGUCAGGGGGAGACAGGGGGGAGAGGGGAGCAGGGCGAGGAGAGUGGGGAUGAGGAAAUGGAGUCGGAGACUGUGCAGCUGCUGGCGAGAUUGUUUGGAACAAGAUUGAACCGUAAGAAGGUGUGCAGAGUACCUGUUUAUGUCUGCAAUGUGUAUGGAGAGGAAGAGAACCACUAUUCACUGGACCUCAGAACAGACACGUUCGAUCGAUUCUGCGUCUUCUCCCUGUGGUUCUCCAGCGACGACAAGGAACUCAUUACUGCGUGCAGUGAUGAUUACCUCUACAUCUACAAUAGUGAAAUCUGCGAUUGUGAGGUGGGAGGAGCAGGCCGAUGCCGUUGAUCCCUGGAAGUAGACAAUGAAUUCUGCAGGGACCAGGAGGUUUUAGCCUCAAGGAUGUGCCAGACUUUGUCGAUUUCAUCCAUUACUGCUGAAGGAGCUAUAAUAGUAUGCCACCACAAAAGAUGGGGGCCUCUCUGACGAAGUGAGCUCUUGACUGUGGUGGAGCUCCACAUGUGGUUGGGGAGGAGGGCACAGAUUGCCUUGUGAACAACGGGGGCUGUGCACCUUCUCUGGGUACCCCACACAAUACGAAAUGGAUGGUUGUUGUUCUGCGUGGGGCGGGGAGCUAGGGUAUUGUCGGAGACUGUGGAGAGUGGGUGGGAGGGGAGACUGUCUUGAGGGGGGCGUGUAUGAGGCAUACUGAGCGAGUUGAUUAGAGGAUGUCCAGAUGAUGAAUGCUGGGGCAGGGGGGUGGUUCUCGGGUGAGUAAUGGGGUAAUUGACCGCAAUGACUGGGGAUGUACUACCACCAGCAGAGGUGAAGUGGCCAUACUGUGGAGCAGAAGGGGUUGGCCUGCAGGUGGAAGCGGUGGUCAGGGUUAGAGGGGACUUCAGCAAGGAGGUUGGGCAUUGAUGUGUCUGGGAGGUCGUGGAAAGGGCUGGCGUCUGUAGAUAAUGUGACUCCCAGAGGAGGUGGUUGAUGGGGACGUGGGGAAGAAUAGCUUGGGGUGAGGGUUGCAUCCAAUGACAAAGGAUCCGCCGUAUAGGAUGCGCUGCAGGCGUCGGGCGGAGAGGAAGAGGAGAUACGAGCUUUCCUGUGAGCUGCCACCUGUCUGAGAGUAAUCCUGAGUCAGUUUGGGGGAGGAAGAGGUCAUAGUAUAGGGAGCAGCGGAAGGAUUGUUUGGUUGGGGAGGAGCAGGAAAGGCAGUGGUAUUGAUAUUGGGCACUGGCGAAAUAGAGAUUGGGAGCUGAAGGUUGCCUACCGAGAUUGUAUCUGAACUCGCUGUACCCUCAGGAGGGGAGGGCAGUGGGGGGAGUGAUCGCUCAUGCUGCAUUGGCACCAGUGAAGUAGGGUUGUCUAGACAGAAGGGAGAAGUCUGGGGAUUUGUAGAUGGCACAGACACAGACACAGAGCCAUAUGGAGAUCGUGCAGCUGGAAGGAUAGGUGAUGGAUGGCUGCUAGAGACGCUGGGGUGAGUAGGGGGGUCGGAGACCGUUGAGGUGGACCCUAGUGCAGAUGAGGGUGGUGAUGGUAGUAUGUGCCUAGGAAUACAAACUGUCAUGCUCUUGGUCGGGUCGGAACCUUUCUUCCUUCUGGAGGGAACUGCACGGCAAACGUGGCAGGAAAACUGGGAGUGUUCAGCUGUGCGCUGGGUAAGACGGGCGCACUGGACAUGAGACCAGAGACCACAC